GUUAUGACUUUCGAACAUCGAAUUCGAUGUUACAUUUUGACACAUCCCAGUGGCAAGCGAAAUUUGUACAUACUUGCAUUUCUCAUUUGAUUUUUUUUGGAAUUUCUUUUUAUUUGUAAUAAUAUUUGAUUGUUUUUGUCGGAUUCACGACUAAAACAUUUUGCUAGCCGUCGAUUUGUGUGGUCAAUGCAACAAUUUCGGGAGUAGAUUCAUUGUGUCGGUCAUUUGAAUGGGAAAAUAGCAAAAAUACAAUUAACAAAUAAUGGAAUUACAUAGACUAGAUUAGAACAUAACAAAUGAGUGCAAUGCAAAAGACAAGCAGUUAUGGAAGGCCGAGGAACACUUUUUCGUGAAAUUCACAAAAACACAUGGUUGAAGCGAGUGAUUGCUGACAAUCGAAAGAUUCCCGUUGGCAUUAAGAAACCCGAGAAAUAUUGGGUAGUUUUUUGCGUUCACGAUGAUGCCGAAGCAUUGUUGGAAGGUUAUGCGGAGCCAAGAGCCGCUGCUUCGCAUUCGCCCGACUGGACGGUAUCGCUACAAACUACAAUUCAUAUCACACAAACGUUAGUGCCAUCCGAAAAUGAGUACGAAUUUGUAAUUGCGCUCGCCGGCGAGACACUUCGAUUCAACGCAUCUUCAUGGGAAAUAAUGCAGGAAUGGGUGGAUACGUUGCGCUUGAAAUUGCGCGAAAUGAAAAUUUUGUCGCCGAAAGAGAAUCUGUAUAGUAAACUGCCCGAAGUUCGACAACCUCUGCUGCCAACAAGAGAUCCGACCAGAGAUCCGCUACCUGCCACACCACCUGUGCCAGCCGCCCUCGUACCAGGAGUGGAGCGAAUUGUAAAUACAACACAAACUAGUCGAACUACAGCUUUGCCUAUGGCCGUCACCGCAUCCAGUACGUCUUUGAACAGCAACGCUUUGCAUGUGGCUGGCAGUCAACCAUCGCAGCCAAUUGCAAGCACCGCCGAAGCAAGCGAACGAAAUCAAAAUCGUCGAAAUACACCGCCGUUACGAAACCCACUCGAAAACGAGAACGAUGAAGGCAGUGAAGAUGGUUUCGCCGUUGAGACGGCAAACACUACGUCCACACCAUUGUCGUCGACAUCAAACACACUUUCACAGAAUUUGAUCAAAAUGCUGUAUCCGCUCCCAAAUUUCAGCCAUCCAACCAACGAUACCAUUGUUUUGCCGAACGAUUUGGAAAGCGACGAAUCAUUUGUUUCCGAAAAUGUAACACCCGAAAACAUCAGCGCAACAAAUAAUGAUGAGGCAACGGAUGAAAACCUACACUCUUUGGCACGUACAUUCGCUGCUAACGUUUUAUUCGAUCCAAACACUAGCUCAAGCUCGAAACGAAGUCAAAAUUCUGCAUCCAAUUCGACCGCAACACAAUCUGCUGCGCUGCCCAAAAACAAUCGUGAUGUGGCCGAAGACUCGAUCAGUGUCGAUUCAUCCGUUUAUGAAACAUAUCCAACACCUGAACCAAUCGUCAUUCCGAGGCCGCACACAACACGCGGUUCGACUGCAAAGCCGAAGAAGGUUGAACCGACUGAAACUCAACCGAACGAUGCUUCGGCUGAUGCUGGUCCAACAAACAUAACAAUAAUUCAAGUAUCCAGUGCAAGUGUGAAGGAGAAAUUGAAUGCACAAAAUGAAUGUGUUGAGAAACCUGAACUAAACUACAUGAAUAACGUCCAAAUUAUACCGUCCAAUUAUGCACCGAUCGAUCAAAAUGCCGUCACUACCGUUCAAGUAACGAAUGAAACGAAUACUCCAAGCCAAAAUAAAGAACCAGCUGGAUUAGCGUCGGCCAAUAAAAGCAUUAUGCCCACGCCACUUGAGCCCCAUGACGAUGUGCAGACUCAGGCUGCACGUCAAUUUGGUGCAGUGACGAAUAUAUCGAUUGGUGCCAAUGAGAAACAAGCCUUUCAACCAGAGCAAUUGCAUUAUGAGCAAGUGUUUAUUACACACACGCCAUCCGGAACGUCUAUUUCAACUGGCGACACAGAGCCGAAUGAAACUCAACCCAAGAUAAAUCGAAUUAAAGUCGGUUCAGCCCAGAGGCUGACAGAUGAUCCAGAGAUUCGUCCAUCGACGUCGACAUCAAGCACAGUAACAUUCUCGGUGGCUGCUGCUGCCGCCUCCGCUGCCACUUCCGAUGCAAACAUAUCAACUUCAGUAACAAAAUCAAAAGACGCGACCAAGAUUAGAAACGUAUUAGAAAAUAAUCAUGAAAAUGAUAUGCUUUCAUCGCGGCGACCGCUUUUAUCAAGAGGUGUAACCGAAGCUGUCAUUAUGAGACCCAGUCGAAAAGAUGUUAACAUGCUACUGAAUCGAAUCAAUCCCCAAGGAAAUCAUUGUUCGCCUUCUGAAUUUCACACCAAUUCACAACAACGUGAUCCGGCCGAACAACGGAAACGCAGCUCAUCCACAUCUGAUACACAAAGAAAUCGAACUCGAUCGAACAAUAACAACGUGACUCCCAGUGGAAAUGCUUACAACAAUAACAACAGUGUGAACAAUAAUUCCGAGUUUCGUCGGCCAACGCCACAGCAACCGAAUCAAUCGUUUCGGCAACCAAAUGUAGAUAUUUCGUUGCGUGCUUCGGGUCGAUUAACGUUGCGCGAACAGCAAGUAAUGCAAUUGAGAAGGGAAAUGAUGCAUCCGGGUGGAGUUCGAAUUCAAUUACGCAGAAAAGACUGUACUAGCUCAAUUGCGUUCGUUGAUGCGUUUGGUGCCGCUUGGAUAUCUGGUUGGAAACAGAAAGAGCACCCAAUGCUGUAUAAUGCGCUGCAUAUCGGUGAUCAAAUCAUAUCAAUUGGCGGUGUUACUGUCACCAAUGCCAAAGAAGCGAACAAAAUCAUCAACAGUUCCACUGGACAAUUUAUUGAGUUCAUAAUCAGACGUGUUCCAUUCGGUCGAGUGUAUGCGAUUCGGAGAGAGAUUGAUCGACAAUGCCUUGGUUUGAUAAGAGAUGGAAACACUGCUACUAUAGUUGAUGUUGUGCCAAACAGUUUGUCAGCAAGACAUGGACUACCACCUAAGGCUCAAUCAUGUGAUGGCCUUUCAUUAACCUUCUGGGUUCUAACGGAGAUCAACGGAAGGCCGCUCAAUCUGUUUUUCAAGGAAAAUGAAGUGAGGGAUCGGCUAAAUGCCGUUGGUCGUGACAUUUCCAUUUUGGUUCAGCCGUCCGAUCUUAUAUCGAAACUGAAGAAACAAUUGAAAUCCUUGCGACAUUUUAAGGAAUACAUAGUGCAAUAAAAUAUCUAGAGAUAUGCAUAUAGUCUAUAACAUUUCCCUUGCAUGUUAUCAUUUUCGAACGAUAGGUCAUGUUUUUUUUAUAUCCGCAUACAUAAUAAUAUAAUGAGCAAAUCCAAGUAGUUUGUAAUUAGCAUUCCAAUUUAAAUGGCAUCGUCAGAACUGGCAAUGGCUAUUCUUUCAUUCCAAUAAAAUGUACCUCGUUGACUGUCACCAGCCAGCCGGUUGAUAUUAUUUUCUAAAAAGAAAACGCGAAGUGAACUAAUUAGAUGCAGUCGAAUGGACGGAAUAUCAAUUUUUGAGUGGAUUUUAUACAAUUUGCAAAUGAAACAAAACAAAAAAAAAGGAAAUACACAAAACACGAUAUUUUUAUAGAUACAAUUUGGAAACGCUGGAUCAAUAUUACUUUUGGACAAAUAUAUAUAUACAGCACGCUAGUGUCGAUUGAACGACUAACGGCGACGAGUUUUUCACGUACAUUCAUACAUUUUAGAUUUCGAUACAGAUUUAAGUCAUUUAGUCACAAAAUUGAUUAGCGCAUAUAUAUAUAUACCUUUUUUCUGAUGAACAGAACAGUUUUUCUUGUGUAUAGGUAGGUAAAAUUUUAUGAAAUGGUGAACUGACAAAGAGAGCGACGUGAUUGAAAGAUAUAGCAAAUUUUGUGAUUUCUAGAUUUUGUUUUAUUUUUUUCCCAUGCGUAAAAUUAUUGUAUUUUUUCCUGUUUUUUUAUUUCUUUCUAUUUUCCUUCGGUCGUAAGUUAUUAGUUUAUUCCAAUUUAUUGAUUGCUCCAUUAUUUAAUUUAUUGACAAUAUUAAAUUCAAAAUUCUUGAUAAUAUAGGAAAAAAAAUGUAAAGAAUAAAAAAAUAAAAAUCUCAAACCAAAAA